AUGACAGAGGAAAAUGAAUCACCCCAGGUAUCUGUAAAUUUUGUCGGUGAAGACGGAAAAGAGCUUGGAGGUGCUGGAAUUCUAGUCCCUACCGACAUUUCCACAAAUCAGCUUCAAAUAUUGUGUAAUCAACUUCUGGAAAGCAGUGAUGAUCCAGUGCCAAUUUCAUUUUAUACCGAAGGCGGUGUUGAAAUACGUGAUACCAUUGCCAAAUCACUCGAGAAAAUCGAUUUUGAGAAAACUCUGAAGCUUGUGUAUCAGCCGCAGGCUGUAUUUCGCGUUCGACCUGUCACCAGGUGUUCUGCCAGUAUCCCUGGUCAUGGGGAGCCUGUAAUUUCUGCGCAAUUCAGUCCCGAUGGGCGAAACUUGGCUAGUGGUUCCGGAGACACGACCGUCAGAAUCUGGGAUAUCGAACUCGAGCUUCCCCAAUAUACACUAAAAGCCCACAAAAACUGGGUUUUAUGUAUUUCAUGGGCUCCGGACGCCACUAAAAUUGCAUCAGCUUGCAAGAAUGGGGAGAUAAACAUCUGGAACGCAAAAACCGGCGAGCAAAUCGGAAAAACGUUACGCAGACACAAACAAUGGAUUACGGCACUUGCAUGGCAACCAAUGCACAAAGAUCCCCAUUGCCGAUUCUUGGCGUCGUCGGGAAAAGAUGGAAACAUCUUCAUUUGGGAUAUCGUGAAGGGAAGUGUGGUUCGAGCACUCAGUGGGCAUACUGCCUGUGUGACUUGUAUUCGUUGGGGUGGUGAAGGCUUGAUCUACUCGGGAUCGCAGGAUCGAACCAUCAAAAUGUGGAGAGAUGAAGAUGGUGUUCUCUGCAAAACCCUGAGUGGGCAUGCCCAUUGGAUUAACACACUGGCUCUGAACACGGAUUACGCAUUGAGGACUGCUUGCUUCGAGCCGAGCAAGCGGUGUGUGAAGCCUGACACCAUCGAAGAGUGCCAAAAAGUGGCUGAGGAGCGAUAUCAAGCCGCGCUGAAAAUUGCUGGCGGCGAGCGUCUCGUCAGUGGCUCCGAUGACUUUACAAUGUUUCUAUGGAAUCCGAAGGAGACAAAACACUCGAUUGCCAGAAUGACAGGACACAUGCAGCUAGUCAAUCAGGUGGUUUUCUCGCCGGACACACGCUACAUCGCGUCGGCAUCAUUUGACAAAUCGGUGAAACUCUGGUGCGGAAGGACAGGCAAAUAUCUCGCCAGUUUAAGAGGCCACGUGGGCCCUGUUUAUCAAGUUGCAUGGUCGGCGGACAGUCGUUUGAUCGUAUCCGGUUCUGCUGAUUCGACAUUGAAAGUGUUUGAGCUUCGCACCAAGAGCCUUUAUUAUGAUCUACCUGGACAUGGUGACGAGGUGUUCACCGUUGAUUGGAGUCCGGAAGGCACGAAAGUCGUCAGCGGUGGUAAAGACAAAUUAUUGAAAUUGUGGCGGCAAUAG